CAAACCUUGUAAAAAAGAAAGCUUUAUAUCUCAACCAAUCAAAAUUGAAACCUAAGUUUCUUUCUCUUGUUGUGUUGAAUACAAGAGAAAAGGUGAAACCCAGUUAAUUCAUGGUAAUCUGAGAAAAACUUGUCAGGAAAACGCAAAAUUGAUGUGAAGAAGAAAUUGAAUCCCAGAGUGGAGAUUUUCAAUUCUACAGUUGCUACUGUUGCUUUGAGAGUGUAGUUGAGUUGAGAGAUUUUUGAGGUUUCAAAAAAUAAAGAGGCUCACGCCAAAAGCAUUUUUGCAUUUGCAUUUGUGUUUCAUUUCAUUUCCCCGCCCAUAACAAAUCAAAAAAGCACUCAUAUUUUCCACUCACUCUCUUUCUCUCUCACUCCACAAUCCAUUGAGAAAAUUAACAGAAAAGAAAAAGUUUGUUGGUGCAGAAGCAGAAUGAUGGAGGAAGAAGAAGACCAGCAGAAGCUUCCAGAUCUGGUGAAGGAGCUAGUUCACCGCUUGCUCUCCCAAAACCUCCCAUCCAAUUCCCCGCCGCUAAACCCUAACUCCGCCGAAUUCCGCAACUCUCUCCGCUACGCCCUCCGCAUCCUCUCCAGCCGUCUCACUCCCUCCGUCGCUCCGGACGCGGCAGCCAUCGCCGACUCCAUCAAGCGCCGCCUCGCCACUCACGCUCGUUCCGCGGACGCCCUCUCAUUUGCCGACCUCUUCUCCAAAUUCGCCUCCAAAGCCCAAAGCGUCAACAACAAAUGGGCUGUCAUCUACCUCCUAAAAAUCAUCUCCGAAGAUCGCCACAAGACCGCCUCCAUCCCCGCCACCACGACACCUCUAUUGCCCAACCUCGCUUUCUCCGAACCCGCUUCGAACAAGGGCUGGAGCAACGGCGUUUUACUUGUCUCCAAGGAUCCCGAGAACCGCCGCGAAGUCGCGUUUCGGGAGUUCGUGAAUUUGGUCAAGGAAGAAAACGAGGUGUCGGAAGAGGUUAUCGUCAGGGACGUACUCUAUGCUUGCCAGGGGGUCGAUGGUAGGUUUGUGAAUUUCGAGAGUGAGAGUAAGCGUUAUGUGAUACCCGAUUCGGUUAGGGUUCCGAGAGGCACUAGGAGUAUGGUUCAUAACCUUUGUGAAUUGGGUGUUUUGUUUCGGAAGGUUAGUGGUUACAUUUCGCAGAGUAUGGAUCGGUUUCCCAAUGAAGACGUGGGAACUGUUGGGCAAGCUUUUUGUUCCGCUUUGCAGGAUGAGCUUAGUGAGUACUAUAAGUUGUUGGCGGUUCUUGAGGCUCAGGCUUCGAACCCGAUUCCUUUGGUGUCCGAAUCUGCGAGUUCUGGGAACUAUCUAUCGCUGAGGAGAUUAGCGGUUUGGUUGGCUGAGCCAAUGGUGAAGAUGAGGCUGAUGGCGGAUUUGGUUGAGAAAUGUAGGGUUUUGCGCGGCGGGGCUAUGGCGGGGGCGAUUCAUUUGCACGCACAGCAUGGUGAUCCGAUGGUUCAUGAGUUUAUGAGGAGGUUGUUGCAGAGGGUGUGUUCUUCACUGUUUGAGAUGGUGAGGAGGUGGGUUUUGGAAGGGGAGUUGGAGGAUAUAUUUUCUGAGUUUUUCAUUGUUGGGCAGCCUGUUAAAGCUGAGUCACUUUGGAGAGAAGGGUAUAGGCUUCAUGAUGCAAUGCUUCCUUCGUUCAUUCCGCCUUCACUUGCGCAGAGGAUCUUGAGGACUGGCAAGUCGAUUAAUUUUCUUCGCGUUUGUUGUGAGGAUCGCGGUUGGGCGGAUGCUGCGACUGAGGUUAUCACUGAUAAUGAAGUGACAGCAAGAAGAGGUGGUUUUGGGUAUGGGGAAACCGAUACACUUGAGUUAUUGGUAGAUAAAGCUGCAAAAAGGAUUGACAAGCAUUUGUUGGAUGUGAUUUUCAAGAGGUACAAGUUCAAAGAACACUGUCUUGCAAUUAAGCAAUAUUUGUUGCUUGGCCAAGGUGAUUUUGUGCAGUAUCUGAUGGAUAUUGUGGGACCUGAGCUUUCUGAGCCAGCUAACACUAUUAGCUCUUUCAAACUUUCGGGAUUGCUGGAAACUGCAAUUAGGGCAUCUAAUGCUCAGUAUGAGGAUCCUGACAUUUUGGAUAGGCUCAGGGUUAAAAUGAUGCCGCAUGAAAGCGGUGAUAGAGGCUGGGAUGUAUUUUCGUUGGAAUAUGAUGCAAGGGUUCCACUUGAUACGGUGUUCACAGAGUCUGUGAUGGCAAGGUAUUUAAGAAUUUUUAAUUUUCUUUGGAAGCUUAAAAGAGUGGAACAUGCGCUUACUGGUGCCUGGAAGACCAUGAAACCAAACUGCAUUACUUCUAAUUCGUUUACCAGAUUGCAACAUGCAGUAAAGAUGCAGUUAGUUUCAACAUUGAGACGCUGUCAGGUUCUUUGGGUUGAAAUUAAUCACUUCAUUUCAAACAUACAAUAUUAUAUAAUGUUUGAAGUGUUGGAGAUAUCAUGGUCAAAUUUUUUGGCGGAGAUGGAAGUAGCCAAGGAUCUUGAUGAUCUACUUGCAGCUCAUGAGAAAUAUCUGCAUUCUAUUGUAGAGAAAUCUCUCCUUGGAGACCUUUCCCAGUCUCUUUACAAGUCACUACUUGUAAUAUUUGAUCUUAUAUUACGUUUCCGGAGCCGUGCAGAUAGAUUGUAUGAAGGUAUCCAUGAGUUACAAGCAAGAAUCACUGAAUCCUCCCUAUCCUCUCGAGACCAGAAUAAAACACGAUCACGAAAGCAAUUGAAUGAUAAAACUGAAGAGCCAGGAUCCUGGAUUGUUGAUGGGAGAAAAGCACUAACACAACGUGCUGGUGAAUUUCUACGAAAUAUGGAGCAAGACCUUGAUGCAAUUGCUAAGGAGUAUUCAUCAUUGCAAGAGGAAUUCAUCUCUCAGUUGCCUAUACAGCAGCAUGUUGAUCUAAAAUUUCUCUUUUUCCGUCUUGACUUCAACGAAUUUUAUAGGCGGCUGUGUCCUAGCGUGUAGGAAAUUUGUGAAUAAGGCUGAGGGUUGUUUUCUCAUAAGGAUACGGCAUUAAAAGCUUUGCGACCAGCUAACUUCCAUUGUGUGUUUGAGUGGAACAAUUCUAUUGUUGCUAACUUCCUUUGGACCAAGCAUUCCAUAGGUCAUUAUUUGACCAUAGGUAGAGACACAUUUUGCGAUUUGCGAGAUUGUUUGUUGCAGAUAUGAAGCUAUUAAUAUUCGAUUGGAUGCACGAUGUGAGUAGUACAGACAUAUUAUGUGGAUGAAGCAAGUAGUAAAUUAGUUGUUUGGACGUCAGUGAGAUGUAAAACUAACUUGGUUAGUAAUGAUCUUGCUAUGUUGCAUAUGCACUACCAAAUACUUAUUAUUAUCAGUGUACAAGAUUGGCAGCUGACACGUUUGUCCAUUCAAUAAAUAAUAUUGCUCUUCCCGUUUCUAGCACUUACCCAGAUAAGUAUUGGGAAAGUCGUAACUGAAGAAAGGAGUGUAAAUUGCAUAUAAUCAAGCAUCAAAUCAAGGAUAUGUACGAGGGAGUCAAAAUAGUAUGAGGACAAAAGGCGGGGUUCAUAACAAAUUUUUCUGGUGACUAAAGGAUUAUAUCCUUUUAACGUGGUACUGAAUGUGUCUACGAGGCAUGCUCUUUUGAGAGAGAUGUGGACUUGGUGUCAAGUUUUAGAGGCACGUCUUUUGUUCAAGUGGUGGAAGUAAGGUGAAGUUUGUAGAAUGUAAGUUUAGCUAGACGCUCGUUAAUCCUAGCUGAGGUAAAAGUUGGAAAAGUGCGUUGAGUAUUAUUUGUAACAAAAAAAAAUAUUAUUCAAGCAAGGGGGGAAAUUUACCAAUGAUGUUGUGGUCUAUGUGGAAAAAGGGUCAAUACGAAAAUAAUUAAACGAAAUGAGUGGGCAUACUAUUCAAAAUAGGAUUUAGAUGAAUGAAUUCUUAAGAGAAAGUUAAGUUAAUGUUCAGAAGACAAUGGUAAAAAUGUGUAGAGAUUCGGGAGAAGACCCAUACAACCUCGAUUAUUAGGAUAGUAGGUCAGAUAGGGUAAGCCCUACUGCCGGAGGUACAAGUACAUUGUGAUUAGUAAAACAUUAGGUGAAAGUAAAACCAUUCAGAAAGAUUUAGAGAUGUUAGUAUUUUGUCUUUAUGUCUGUACAUGAUUGAUGAUAUAAAAUAUCAUGUCAAUAUUUGAUCGAUGUAACCAGAGAACCUCAAUGAUGAAUUGCUAUAUAAGAGAGCCCAAUUAGCUAAAA